GGUCACCCAACAGCGCAACCGUCAGUGUGAACGUUUCAACUCCAACUUCACCUUACUCCGCAACCGAACUCAGACAUAGGCAACAAAUAUGGAAAACAUUUACGAAAAAGUAGACGAAGGGAAUUUGUAUGAAAAACCGUAUGAACGCCCAGUCGAGCUCAAGUAUGAGAACCAAGGAGCUGUCUAUGAGACCCCGAGCGAGGUGACGGAGGCGAUUUACAGUGAGAUCGUGGUGCAAGAAAAGCGAUCAUCACCGGACUAUAUAGACACCAGGGAGACCAUGGGUGAAAAAGAGCAACCAUCCAAAGAGCACUCAUCUUCAUCAUCUAGCGACGAUGAAGAUGAGAAAACCGAAGAUGAGAAAGUUGAAAGAGUUGAGACAAUACCAGAGGGGGCAGCGGUUGAGACAGCUGCAGUGGUCGUGGAUGCAACAGCGGAGGUUAACGGCGAGGCAGCCGCCGUCUCGAGCUUCUCGAGACGCCUGUCAGCGGCAUCAUCGGCAUCCUCCGAGUCUCUCAGAGACCCGUGCGAUGACUCCCCGAUACAGCUCGAGGACGACAACGCGGAGGAUGGGAUGCUAAUGGCCUACAGUCACACCGAACUGCCCUCAGAACCGGAGGAGAUUGUCGACUACAGCCUCAAAACUCUCGAGAAUGUCACUUUGGACGAGAAUAGUGUUGCACCAGCAAAUCCCAGUCAACCUGAAAUCUCACUAUUUGUCAAGGCAGGCAUUGAUGGGGAGAGCAUCGGAAACUGUCCCUUCUCUCAGCGCCUCUUCAUGAUACUCUGGCUCAAAGGAGUGGUUUUUAACGUCACCACUGUGGACCUAAAGAGGAAGCCUGCUGACCUGCAUAACCUGGCCCCAGGGACACACCCUCCCUUCUUGACCUUCAACGGAGAGGUCAAGACUGACAUCAACAAGAUCGAAGAGUUCCUGGAGGAUGUGUUGGCUCCACCAACGUAUCCCAAGCUGGUCGCCAAGCACAGGGAGUCCAACACAGCUGGGAACAACAUCUUCGCCAAGUUCUCGGCGUACAUCAAGAACACCCGGAUGAACGCCAACGAAGGUCUGGAGAAAGGUCUUACCAAGGCCCUGAGGAAGCUGGAUGACUACCUGAACACCCCCCUGCCUGAGGAGAUCGAUGCAGACAGCAUGGAGGAGGAGAAGGCCUCCACCAGGCGCUUCCUAGAUGGAGAGGACCUCACUCUGGCCGACUGCAACCUGCUGCCCAAACUGCACAUAGUCAAGGUUGUUGCUAAGAAGUACCGUAACUACGACAUACCCUCGGACUUGACAGGUGUGUGGCGGUACCUGAAGAGCGCCUACACGCGUGACGAGUUCACCAACACGUGCGCUGCCGAUGGGGAGAUGGAGAUGGCCUACCAGGACGUGGCUAAGAGACUGGCUAAAUAACCUCGUCUCACACAAACACACACACACACACAUGUAUAUGCAUAUCAUCCUUUUAGUAGUGUAUUUUUAAUAUGAGGAGCAAUCUAUAGGUGAACUGGCCACAAAUGUUAUUUUAAAAAGGGAAUAGGUAUAGCUCAGUGGUAGAGUUAACUUCUGAAUAAGAGAUUGAAGGUUCAGAUCCCCCCUGUAUGUUGCUGUGGAUUAAAGUGUCGGGUAAAUCAUCACAUCACGUGUUCUUACAUUUAAGGAGGAGUUGCUGUGAUGAUGGGCUGUUUGUUUUAUUUAUUCUUCUAUGUGCGCUACCCUGUUUAACUGUAGUCUGACCCUAGUUAGCAUUCCUGAUGGCUUUGCGGCUCAGAUUCAUCCAUGAUCGAUGAUGAUGAUAAUCACUAGUAAUACACUAGACUUAGAUAUCACAAUGGGAAGCUUUGAUUUACUCUCUUAAAAUAGUGUUGGUGUAGUCUCUGAGGUAUUUACCUGAUUCUAGAAGUAUCUUAUUAUCUUAUCCUGUAUCCUUCUGAGAGGUUUAGUGGAAGAAUGAUGAAAUGUGUUUUAGAAUAUGAUUGCUUAUAAAGAACAUGCGAGGCGAACAGGUUGGACUGUUCAGGUCCGUACAGAAGAAUAGAACAGAGCUGAUUUCUGGUUUGUUUGCAUGAAUAAAUCUGUUCUGACAGUCUUCUUUUAAAAUCACGGAGUAAUCCAUUGCCUAAACUAUGUGCCUUUAUUUAGAAAUCUCAGUAUGCCAAUCCAAACACAUUGAUCGAUUCUAUUUGAACCUGAACUCAAAGUUGUUUUGAACACCCCCCCCCCAGCUGUGUGUCCAGUUCCAGAUAUUGGUUUCGUCUAAAAUGACACCGGUAUAUACUAAAUCUAGAGCGUAUUUGAUUACAAGUCCAAUCAGGCUUGAUUAGGUUAGGCCAUUAGUGGCGAUGAAAACCAGCUUCAAGCUGAGGUCCACCCAUUUUCUGGUUCAGAGACCCUGCCCUCAAGCCCUUCAUCAAACAGCCAUUUCCUCCCCUCUGCUCUGCUCCCCAUGCAGGACUAUCUCUAGAUUCAAAGUUUAAAAGCUUUAUUGUUCAUUAGAGUGUGGUGGAAAUUUGUCUUGGGCUGGUUGUCUUUGGCAAUGUUUCUAACCGUGGACUUCCUUGAAGAACCAUAAUGUGCUUGUGUGGUUUGGACAAACAUUUGAUAUGAAACUGAGCAUGACGACUGGGAGGCAUGUUCAGUGUGAAGCUCUACGAAUAAAACAAUAUUUUCACAGAUCA